AGGACUAAAAACAAGGCAUCGCAUCCCUUUUGGGCAUUUGGCUGAGAAAAGUCGUACUAGUAUUAUUACUAAUACUACUAGAAGGACCUCAACGUUAUUUUAUUUCUCCUCCGGGAAUCGAUCGGGUGAGAAGAAGGAAGAUGGAGUCAUCGCAGAACACAGUCGUGGGAACCCCCCCAGUUAGCGGCGGAGGCAACGGCAUGACAAUCUCUCAGUCCAACGACGCCUCACCGGUGGAAUCCACCGCCAUGAAUGCCUCCACCCCUAACCCCAUCGACGACCCUAAGCACAACCUUACCCAAGUCAUCAACUCUGUUCAGAAAACCCUAGGAAUUCUCCACCAGCUCUACCUCACUGUCUCCUCCUUCAACGUCGCCUCCCAGCUCCCCCUCCUCCAACGCCUAAAUAAUCUGGUUUUGGAGCUGGAUAAUAUGUCGAAAUUAGCUGAGAAGUGCAACAUUCAGGUCCCUAUGGAGGUUCUCAACUUGAUUGAUGAUGGGAAGAAUCCGGAUGAGUUCACCAAGGAUGUUAUCAAUAAUUGCAUUGCUAAGAAUCAGAUAACCAAAGGCAAAACUGACGCCUUCAAGGGUCUGCGUAGGCAUCUUCUAGAAGAACUUGAACAGGCAUUCCCUGACGAGGUGGAAGCUUACAGGGACGUACGUGCAGGCUCUGCAGCUGAACUGAAACGAUUUGCGCAAGCACAAAGUAUGCUACCAAAUGGAGAUGUCAAGGUGAAGAGUGAGAUUUAGGAGUGAUGACAGGUUAAUUGGUAUAAAUUUGAUUAGUAUUUAUAAUAUGUACCUGUUUCUGAAUACAAAAAUUUGUCAUGGCAAAAUCUCUGUGUUGAAUACUUGGAUCCCUGAAGAAUACCAUAUAAAAAUGCUGCUAUGCCAGAGCUACUUUGAAAUGCUGCUGACUUUAAUUUUAAGGGUUUUGUUUGUCA